GAAAUAUAAACAGAUAGAUAGAUAGGUAUAGAGACAGAUUUAAGUUGAAACUUGGUUUUAAAUGAUUUCAUUUUUUAGAACCUCAACAAAAUCCUCCUGUGUUAAACGGCAGACUAAGUGAACCUGUUCCACCUGGAGAACCAGGCGACGAGCUACCACUUCCAGAGAAUAACCAGAAUAAUGGCGAACUAAGAGGAAACACCAGUACUGAACGUCAUAUGAGGAAAAAAAUCUGUUUGGAUUACAGCGCCUCCUCUUGCUCCAGCAGCGACAGGAAUCAAUCCUGCUUUGGAUCCUCCUGGAGUAAAGAUCAAAAAUCUACAAAGUGGAUCCAAGUACUCUUUAAAAACUCUCUAAACUCCCCGCAAUCUGAAGUGGACAGAAAAUGCAUGGAAGAAGAUUUGAUAAACAAGGAGAAUGAGGAGUUUAUCAGAAACCAUAGCGAUGAAGGACGUCUGCAGUUCAGAUACAAAGGACCUGUACAGACACAACCCUUGAGACGCCAUCUUGGAUUCAGAAGAAAGGGAAACAGAAAAGGUUCAAUGUGUACACACACCCUCAUCUCUACAGAGAACGGGUGUUUAAUGGUGGAUCAGAACUCGGAAAGAUUGCCGCCUCAACAAUCAAGAGUUAGUUACAACAAAACUUCAAUCAGAAGGGUGAUCUCCAAUCCCCUGGAGUAUCAAACAUUUAUUAACAGAAAAAGGCCUCUGUUUAGAAGUUCUGUAUCCUACGCACCAAAUAUUGAAUGAAUGUCAGUUUUGCUACUUUUGAUAUUGUUUACUACGUCAACAAAGUGAUUCUGGAAAUUUUCUAAAA